CGCGUCUUACAGUUAAACACCAAAUCUAGCCGUCUGUCCUAUAUAAAUGCCUUCCUCUCUCUCAUCCCGAGUAAAUAUUGGACAGCUCUUCAUUUUAAUUUUCCUCAUUUUGUGAGGAGGUAGAUCUCGUAUUUGCUAUUGGCUCUUCUCAGACGUGAUAGGAUGGGGCUCUCUUUCACGAAGUUGUUCAGCCGUCUCUUUGCUAAGAAAGAGAUGCGAAUUCUGAUGGUGGGUCUUGAUGCUGCUGGUAAGACCACCAUUCUCUACAAGCUCAAGCUCGGAGAGAUUGUCACCACAAUCCCUACCAUUGGAUUUAAUGUUGAGACCGUGGAGUACAAGAACAUUAGCUUCACUGUUUGGGAUGUUGGUGGUCAAGACAAGAUUCGACCUUUGUGGAGACAUUACUUCCAAAACACACAGGGGCUUAUCUUUGUGGUUGAUAGCAAUGACAGAGAUCGUGUGGUUGAAGCUAGAGAUGAGCUACACAGGAUGUUGAAUGAGGAUGAGUUGAGGGAUGCUGUACUGCUUGUAUUUGCAAACAAGCAAGAUCUUCCAAAUGCAAUGAAUGCUGCUGAAAUAACUGAUAAGCUUGGCCUUCACUCUCUCCGUCAACGCCACUGGUACAUCCAGAGCACAUGUGCCACUUCUGGUGAAGGGCUGUACGAGGGACUGGACUGGCUCUCAAACAACAUUGCAAAUAAGGCAUAGAUGGCAUAAUUCUGAGUUUCAAUUGCAUUAAGUGCUGGAAUACACAGUUGAUAGUGCUCCAUCGUGUUCUGAUUUUUUAUUAACCACCUUAGCGGUCGUAUCUGUUUAACCGUGUUUGUUAUUUCUCUCAAAUAUCGCAUUUUGUUUUCUGUAGCUUCAGAAUAAUUCAUAAAUUUUCAUUGUCCUUGGCAGCUUAGUUGCAUUAUUUGUUUUGUGGGUUUUUCAAGGUAAUGAAUUUUGAGACAUUUUUUCCCUUGC